CUGUACCACACGUCCCAGCGGCACGCAGUAUAACGACUGACCCGUGUCUCGCGAGCAACUGCCACGCCAGCAAAGCGCGCCACGUCAAGAGUAGAGACAACACACCACACUUCUCUCUCUUGUACAUUGCUCCUCGGCCACGCGCAGCACAGAGCAGCACACCCACCUCGACCUCGACGCCGACGCCAACAUCGACGCCUUCCCAGCACCCUCGUUGUCGCCACCCGACCGACCGACCGCCGCUUACACUCGUUGUCAGCCUGCCCUCGUCCAACCCACCCAGCUGCACUCGGCCUCCACCGCGCUGUGCGCCCCAGUCACCCCGUUACAAUCCCACGUUAGGCCGCCCCCCAGGCACCGAGCACUAGCUCAUCACCACACCCCCCAGAACACCAGCACCAGCACAUGACAGCCCACCGUAGACGCGGCGACACCGUCACGGGGCGCAGCGCGUCGCCGCCGCCGUCCGAGUCGGGCUCGUCGGUCGCGGGCGACGAGGCGGACCCAGACCUCGCGCUUAGUAUCUCGUCAUCUGACCUCGACGCCUCGUGGCUCGAGGUCACUCGCCCACCCCGCCCCAAUGCCCCCGGCUCCGGCUCGUCCGCCCUGGGCAGCAGCACGAUCAUCGAGCUCGGCCGCUCGAGCAACGAGCCGUCUGAAGUCGCGUCCGAUGAUGGCCAGGAGCCGUGGGCGCUGAGCUCGGACGGCGGGAGCGAGCGGCCGGGCGAGACGGACACGGACGACGCCGACCCCGACGACGCGAGCGUCGACCUCGAGACCCCGCUGCUUGGUAAUGUCGACGACACGGCGUCGGCGUUCCAGCGCUCGUUCAUCUUUCCGGAUCCCAACAGUGCUAGCGCGAGCUUCAUGACGGGCGGCAGUGCGAGCACUGUUAUGAACACGCCGAGCCACUCGCUCGCCAACAUUCGUUCAGUUGCCAACACCGAGCCCGCCCGCGGGAGUACCCUCUGGGAGCCCGUCGUCGACGGCAAGCCCCUCCUUGAGGAGCACGAAGAGGACGAGGACAAGGGCGCGGAAGACACCGACUUCAAGGCCGAGGGCGGCAGCAGCCGUGAGACCAAGGCUGAGAGCACCACAAAGGCCGAGACGACCAACAACAACAACACCGCCGACGUCGACGACGCCGGCACUUCUUUUCGGCCUCAUUCUGCCCACGUCAACCCUCCCGUCCGCCGCGGAUCAUGGUCCAUGAUCUUUGUCGUCUUCAGCAUUUACCUCAUUCUCGAACUCGGCCCCAUGCGCUUCGCAGAGCUCGUCACUGGCGCCCUCUCACCUGCGCUCAGAGGCCUGGGCCUGCAGGUGCCGCCUGCAGUUCAGGACGUUGCACCACCACCUCUUGUUCCGCCCCAUGUCGAGCCCGUCCCAGCCCCUGCCGCGGCUGUGACCAGCGUCAACUGGAUUCGGACCCCCAACCUCUCUGUUGUCCUCCACGCCCUCUCUGCCCUGUCGGCCGAGACGCCCAAGCCCGUCGAGGCACCAGCGCACCCUCCCCAGGCGCCCGCCACAGUCAAGGAGCCAGCCGCAACUGACCUCAAGGUCAACCGCAUCUCCAAGACUUACCGCUGGUCGAGAAACAAGGUUGGCGAGGUGGCCGUCCCGCCGCCCAAGGACCUGGCGACUACCAAAGAUGCCGAGGAGCAGCCCGAGCCGGCUGGAGAGCAGCCUCGUACCGACAGCGCAGUUUCAGAGACCAUCGCGCGCUCGCUGGUUCUGAUGGCUGAUUACAUCACAUGGAGUCUCGACAUGGUCGCUGCCCUAACGUCACGCGUGUUCACCACCAUCCGCGACGACCUUGAGGCCGACUACCACGCCCUUCGCGCUGCUUCCGCCAUGGCAUAUGAUCUCUUCCAGCAGGGGCAGGGCCACGUCUUUGGUAUUCUCAACGACGCGGCUACAAGGCUUCGCGCAAGCCGUGCGCUCCCCAAUGACGGCGAGACCUUGCAACAGCACGUUCACAACCUGGCUUGCGCCAAUGGCCGCUGCGAGCGUGCCGCGCAGGCCGCAGUCGAUCUCAAAGCACGCGGGUUCGCCACGCUCAAGCAAGCGCGCCGCGGGCUUGACAAUGCGCUCAAGGCCGCCUCCGAGUUCCUCGAGUACAUCGAGCAUGACGGCACCGACGCGUCCUUCUCGUCAUACCUCCGCGCCGAGGAGCGUGCCCAGGAUGCCGAGGCAGACCGUCAGAAGCACAAGACGAAGACGAAGAAGAGAGGCUGCAGCAGCUGGGGCAAGCACGAGAGUAAGAGGGCCAGGAAAGAGUGGCUCAAGAAACAGGCGCAGCACCGCAAGAAGCCGUGUGGUAGUGGACUUGGUCCAUUCGCUCACGGCUGUGGCGCACGGCGCGCGGCCUAGGCCGUCGCGUCAGCGGCAGCUCUGAUGACUCGUCACCUUGGUCUCGGCGAUAGCUCCCUCCCUCUCACUCGCCUUUGUCUGUGUGUAUCCGCACCAUCCCUGUUAUGUCUAUAUCCGAUGUAUCGUAUCCGUGGCAUGGCGGAGGCAGGGUUGGGCGCGGCAAAACUGACGCUUACGACAGCGACUUUAUGCCACAUUCUCCUAG